CUCUUUCACCCACUUCUUCCAUGAAGGUUGUUGCACACCAAUUACUCUCCCUUCCUUAUCCCCUACAUUUGUAAACCACAUCCUCUCCUUCGACAUUUAUCAACAACCUUUUUUUCUUGCUCUUUGAAAGGAAAGAUGCAUCUCUUUUCACCUUGUGUUUCAGUGUUUGUGUUAGUGCAUUGUUGGGUGGCUUGCUUCACUCCCACAGUGUUCUCCAUCAAUUUAGUUGAUGAAUUUGCUCUUAUGGCCUUCAAAGCCCAUGUCACAUAUGAUUCCCAAGGCAUUUUGGCAACAAAUUGGUCAACCAAAAGCUCCUAUUGCACUUGGUAUGGUAUUUCUUGCAAUGCUCUUCAGCAAAGAGUUUCUGCAAUCAACCUCUCUAACAUGGGUCUUGAAGGAACUAUUGCGCCACAAGUCGGCAACCUCUCAUUUCUUAUUUCUCUUGAUCUUAGCAAUAACUACUUCCAUACCUCUCUUCCUAAGGAAAUUGGUAAGUGCAAGGAGCUUCAACAGUUGAAUUUAUUCAAUAAUAAACUGGUUGGAAGCAUUCCAGAAGCCAUUUGUAAUUUAUCAAAACUUGAAGAGCUAUAUCUUGGCAAUAAUCAGUUGAUCGGUGAAAUUCCAAAGACGUUCAGUCAUCUUCGUAAUCUGAAGAUAUUGUCAUUGCGAAUGAACAACUUAACAGGUUCCAUACCUGCCACCAUUUUCAACAUAUCUUCUUUGCUCAACAUUAGUCUCUCCAACAAUAGCCUCUCUGGAAGUCUUCCCAUGGAUAUGUGCAACACCAAUUCAAAGCUCAAGGAGCUUAAUCUUUCAUCAAAUCACUUGAGUGGAGAGAUCCCCACCAGUUUAAGCCAAUGCAUAAAGCUUCAAGUAAUUUUCUUACCAUAUAAUGAAUUCACGGGAAGCAUACCAAAAGGAAUUGGUAACUUGGUGGAGCUUCAGAGAUUGUCUUUCCGGAAUAAUAGCUUGAUAGGAGAAAUACCUCAAUCACUGUUCAACAUAUCUUCAUUGAGGUUUUUGAGUCUGGCAGCAAAUAACCUAGUAGGUAUCCUCCCUACAGGCAUGGGUUAUGAUCUUCCCAAUCUUGAAUUCAUUAAUCUCUCAGCCAAUCAACUCAAAGGUGAAAUCCCCUCCAACUUGUCGCAUUGUCGAGAGCUCCGAGUACUAUCAUUAUCAUUCAAUCAGUUUACUGGAGGCAUUCCACAAGCCAUAGGGAGUUUAUCGAAUCUUGAAGAAUUAUAUCUUGGUCAUAACAAUUUGGGAGGUGGAAUUCCUAGAGAGAUUGGGAAUCUUCAUAAUUUAAAUAUUGUGAACUUUGCGUCUGCCAGACUUAGUGGUCCUAUUCCUGCUCAAAUUUUCAACAUCUCUUUGUUGCAAAAGAUUGAUUUCAGUAAUAAUAGCCUUUCUGGGAGUCUUUCAAUGGAUAUCUGCAAACAUCUUCCUAAUCUCCAAGAGCUCUAUCUUUCUUGGAAUCAGCUCAGUGGUCAACUUCCUACAACUCUGUCCUUAUGUCGAGAGCUCCAAGUACUAUCAUUAUCAUUAAAUCAGUUUACUGGAGGCAUUCCACAAGCCAUAGGGAGUUUAUCGAGUCUUGAAGAAUUAUAUCUUGAUUAUAACAAUUUGGCAGGUGGAAUUCCUAGAGAGAUUGGGAAUCUUUCAAAUUUAAAUGUUUUGAACCUUGCGUCUAGUAGAAUAAGUGGCCCUAUUCCUCCUGAAAUUUUCAACAUCUCUUUGUUGCAAAAGAUUGAUUUUAGUAAUAAUAGCCUUUCUGGGAGUCUUCCAAUGGAUAUCUGCAAACAUCUUUCCAAUCUCCAAGGGCUCAACCUUUCUUGGAAUCAGCUCAGUGGUCAACUUCCUACAACCAUGUCCUUAUGUGGAGAGCUUCUGUCACUGUCACUAUCUUACAACAAAUUCGCAGGAAGCAUACCAAGAGAAAUUGGCAACUUGUCCAAGCUUGAAGUGAUUUAUCUUGGAAGAAAUAGCUUCACAGGUACUAUUCCACCUUCAUUUGGUGAUUUAAAUACCUUACAAAAACUUCAUUUGGCAGAAAACAAUAUUCAAGGUAAUAUCCCCAUGGAGUUGGGGAAUCUCACCAACUUACAAAUAUUGAAUCUUGGCCAAAGCAAUCUAACGGGGAUAGUACCAGAAGCUAUUUUUAACAUCUCUAAGCUGCAGGUCCUUUCACUGGAAGGAAAUCACCUUUCAGGCAGUCUCCCAUCAAGUAUUGGAACUUGGCUCCCGGAUCUUGAAGGGCUUUUUAUAGGAGUCAAUGAAUUCAGUGGAAAAAUUCCAACGUCCAUUUCCAAUAUGUCGAAACUUAUCUUCAUGGACAUAAGCGACAGCUACUUCACUGGGAAUGUGCCAAAAGAUCUAGGUAACUUGAGACGACUCCAGAUCCUCCACCUUUCACGAAACCAGUUGACUAAUGAACAUUCAGACUCUGAGCCUGACUUUUUUACAUCAUUGCCGAAUUGCAUUUCUUUGAGAAAAUUGUGGAUCGAUGGUAAUCCUUUAAAAGGCAUUAUUCCAAAUUCAUUGGGGAAUCUCUCCAUUUCUCUUGAAUGUAUUGAAGCGAGAAGCUGCCAACUCAGAGGCACCAUCCCUACAGGGGUUAGUAAUCUAACCAACUUGAUUGGUUUAGGACUUGAUGAUAAUGACUUGACAGGGUUGAUUCCAACAUCACUUGGACGCCUACAGAAGCUCCAGGCGUUGGGUAUUUCUCAAAAUCGAAUACACGGAUCCAUUCCUAGUGGUCUAUGCCAUUUGACAAACUUGGGAUUCUUGGAUUUGAGUUCGAAUAAACUUUCCGGAACAAUCCCUAGUUGCUUUGGGAAUCUUACUGGACUUCGUACCGUCAAUCUUCACUCCAAUGGACUAGAUUCUGAGAUACCUUCAUCUCUGUGGACCCUUAGAGAUCUCUUGCUUCUUAACUUGUCUUCAAACUUUCUCAACAGCCAACUACCCCCAGAAGUUGGAAGCAUGAAGUCCUUAGUGGCAUUGGACCUGUCAAAGAACCAAUUUUCAGGAAACAUCCCAAGCACCAUAUCACUUCUUCAAAACCUGCUCCAACUUUACCUAUCCCAUAACAAGCUACAAGGUCAUAUUCCCCCCAAUUUUGGUGAUUUGGUGAGCUUGGAAUACUUGGAUCUGUCUGGGAACAAUUUAUCUGGUUUUAUUCCCAAGUCAUUAGAGGCUCUGAAAUAUCUCAAAUACCUGAAUGUUUCUUUCAAUAAGCUACAAGGAGAGAUUCCAAACGGUGGACCCUUUGCAAACUUCACUGCUGAAUCUUUCAUCUCCAACCGAGCACUUUGUGGAGCACCUCGGUUUCAAGUCAUGGCAUGUGAGAAAGAUACUAGAAGGAACACAAAAUCACUUCUCUUGAAAUGUAUUGUCCCACUGAGUGUAUCAUUAUCAACAAUAAUACUAGUGGUUCUCUUUGUUCUAUGGAAGCGAAGACAGACUGAGUUAGAAGCUCUGGUUCAAGUUGAUUUAUCGCAUCCCAGAAUGCGUAUGAUGAUUUCACAACAAGAACUCCUUUAUGCAACCAGCUACUUCUGUGAAGACAAUUUGAUUGGGAAAGGAAGCUUAGGCAUGGUAUAUAAAGGGGUAUUAUCCGAUGGGUUGAUUGUUGCUGUGAAGGUUUUCAAUUUGGAAUUGCAAGGAGCUUUCAAGAGUUUUGAGGUAGAAUGUGAAGUAAUGCGGAAUACUCGCCAUCGAAAUCUUGCCAAGAUUAUUAGUAGUUGCUCCAACUUGGACUUCAAGGCCUUGGUGCUUGAGUAUAUGCCUAAUGGGAGCUUAGAGAAGUGGUUGUACUCUCACAACUACUUCUUGGAUUUUGUCCAACGAUUAAAAAUUAUGAUAGAUGUGGCAUCAGGGCUAGAGUAUCUCCAUCAUGAUUAUUCAAAUCCUGUGGUUCACUGUGACUUGAAGCCCAGCAAUGUCUUGUUAGAUGAUGACAUGGUUGCACACAUUAGUGAUUUUGGCAUUGCGAAACUGUUGAUGGGAAGUGAGUUUAUGAAGCGAACCAAAACCUUAGGCACCAUAGGCUAUAUGGCACCAGAGUAUGGUUCAGAGGGAAUAGCAUCCACAAAAGGUGAUAUAUAUAGUUAUGGGAUCAUGCUGAUGGAAACUUUUGUGAGGAAGAAGCCUACAGAUGAAAUGUUUGUGGAGGAACUAACCUUGAAGAGUUGGGUGGAGUCAUCAGCCAACAACAUAAUGGAGGUUAUAGAUGUCAAUCUUCUAACAGAAGAAGAUGAAAGUUUUGCCUUAAAACAAGCUUGUUUUUCUUCCAUCAUGACAUUAGCCUUGGAUUGUACCGCUGAGCCUCCUAAGAAGCGAAUUAACAUGAAAGAUGUUGUGGUUAGACUCAAGAAGAUCUUCAACAAAUUGCUGAUAUAAGGACUCCACAAUUAAGAAAAAAAAAAGGCAUGAAGAUCAUGUCCCUUUCUUCCACCCUGAGCUUGUUUAAGAGUUCACAAAUCAAGAAUUGAGGGACCAUUGGGCAUGGCCUGCUAGGUAGUUCAAAGUUCCUCAUUAUAUGAACCCUAUGCAAAUUAUGCUCAAGUGUUUGUGUAGUUCCAUCCAUUUUCCUUAAUGUAAUUCAACUUGAAUAAUGUCAUGGAUCUGAAUGCUUUUAUUUUGUAUUUUUCUAAUAGCAUAAUAUUAAGUGAAGGUGCCCAAUGCAUAACUUC